ACCGCGAGAACUGCGAGGCGACCUUGCGGCAAGGGAGGCAAGAUGGCGGCGCUAGCUGUCGUCGAGACGCCGUCGGGGAAGGACGCAAUUGCAGAAGGUCUCUUGCAGCUGUUAAAACCAGCGGUUCAGCAGCUUGAUCUACAUGUGCAUUCAGUGAGAGAGAGUCAAGUGGAACUUAGAGAACAUAUUGACAACUUGGCAGCAGAGUUAUGCAGAAUUAAUGAACACCAGAAGGUGGCCCUUGAUUUAGAUCCGUAUGUUAAGAAACUGCUUAAUGCAAGACGUAGAGUGGUUCUGGUCAACAACAUACUGCAGAAUGCUCAAGAGCGCUUACGGCGGUUGAACCAUAAUGUAGCUAAGGAGACUGCUCGCAGAAAAACUAUGCUUGAAACAUCCGGAGCGUUUUCCACUCGGCCUCCCAGCAAGCCGUGAUGGUCUGAACUGAACAUUGACCUGAAUCAUUACACUGAACCAAAUCAUAUCACUGAACUGAAACGCUGGUACACUGUGCCAAGUGCCACACAGUGCUAUUGUAACUGGUCAGAGCCAUUAUGUGGGCUAUGCACAGCAACAGCUGAUGUGGGGUACUGUUUAUUAGAUUAUCUGCUCCUUUUUUAACAAAUGGAUGUUAAAAAUGUAAAAUCAUGAGUAGGUAAUAUUUAAGAAAGCAUGAACCUCAGCAUUAAUAAGCUUUAAGUAUAAAAAAAUGAAACGUGUUACUAGACUUCAUAACUAACAAUGUCCAAAUAGAUUGAAAACUUGGGCAAGCUGUGAAGAACAAAGGCAAGAAAUAUUACUAAAUCAUGGAAGGUUUCAGUGUGAUUUCAGUUUGGAAAAUGCUAAUAUAUUGCUUUGUAAACAUGGUUUGUUAAUGCUGAAGUUCAGGGUUUGUUAAUGUUAAGUAGUGCCAUCAAUAAUAGGUGUUUUAGUUAAGUGUAAUCUAACCUUAGUGUGAACUGUUGUCAAGUAAUACUAUGUCCACACUAAUGGUUUUGGCAUUGCUUUUGAUGUGGACGUAGCAUUAAUUCUAAUUCAUAUAUGUGAAGAAAGACCAAAAGAUCUGUAAAAAGACUUCAGUUCUGAAAUAAUUACAUUGUUACUUUGGUUUUUUUAAUAUCAUUUUGUCAUUCUUUGUCUUUACGAUUUAGGCUGCUUUCAUAUCAGAUCAUUUUAGUAGUGUUCCAUGACCCUGAUCCUUUCUAAAAUGCCACUGAAAUGCAAACAUCCUAUUUCCUACUGAAGAAUUGGUCCAUGGAAUUCUAAACCAGCAUUCCAGACAUUUAAGACACAGUAGAUUCAGUUUCAUGGGAAUGCUGUCAGCUGAAAAAAAUUAAAAAUCGCAGCUUGCACCUCACACACGUUCCCCAAGGCUAGUUGGUUUAUGUGUGGUAAAAUUCAAACAUUCACACAAAUGCUUAAGGGAACCUUAGUUCACAUGUGCAAAAUACAUUUGAAAUAUAUGUACCGUUAUCUCUGACUUUAUCUCUAUCCUGUUCUCAUGUCUGAGAAAUAUGUGUAUUUAAAAUGAUUUAAUUAAAAGCAUUAAAAUUACAGAGAAAUAAAAUACGUUUGUCACAGUUGGAACUGA